AUGYCCGCCAUGGCAGUGGAACCCGCUGUCGCUCCCGUCUCGCCUGCCACAACUCGCAAGGCAUCGACGGGCGAGGCCAAGGAGAAAGAGAAGCGCUACAAGUGCCAGUUCUGCAAUCGCGCCUUCUCUCGUUCCGAACACCGUUCACGCCACGAGCGAUCUCACACCAAAGAACGGCCAUUCAAAUGUCUGAAAUGUCGCAGCACAUUUGUGCGUCGCGACCUGCUCCUGCGCCACGACCRCACCGUCCACGCCAAGGAUGGCGGCGUGCCUUUGCAGAGCGAAGCCAAACGUCGCAACCCUGGCAACACGAGCAGGGCUGCUCAAAAUGAAGAACCCAGCAAGCUCCCUGAGAUGGAGGACACCGCCAUGGAUCAAUUCGCCGACACCACCAACGGCUUCGAUGUUGAGCAAGCCGCCAUGCUCAUGCACAACUUCCAACAAAAGGCGGCCCUGUCUGGCCAAGAUCACAGCUCCAUCCACACCGGUCCGAUGAUCACGGCCCAUACCCCUCAAAUGAUGGAGCCGACCCUUUCGACCUACCCUGGUGCAAUGACUCUCCCAACGAUGCAGGGAUGGGACCAUCUGGUGUCGCAAAACAUUUCACAGCCCAAAGCAUCGUCCAUCACUUCCAGCGCCGACGCCCACAACGAUCUGUUGCAAUUCCCCACGGGCAGCUCAAUAUCAGGAGCCUCCAACACCCUCGCUCCGCUCAUCGAGCGCAGCGAGAGCCAAACCGAUGGCUUACCGUCAUUUACCACCUCAUCUCUGAUGGGUGGCUUGGCUACUCCAGGCGCUUUGUCGCCCUUCCCCUCCAUGGUCGGACCUGUCUCUCCUGUCGACUACAGACGAUCGCCCGGUCCACCGCAGCAAUGCACCAUGGCCAAGGCGCCGCAAAUCGAGACCGAUGAUCAGGUCAACCGCAUCAUGGAAAACAUCCGCCGCUGCGACAGUGAGGGUGCGCUGCUGGAGACGUUCCGCUUGCCUCAAGUCUCUGUUCUCAACAGAUACCUGUCGACAUACUUCAACUUCUUCCACCACCACCUGCCCUUUGUGCAUCCUUCAUCGUUCGAUCCAGCCAAGGUGUCAGCUCCACUAUUGCUGUCUGUGUUAUCCAUUGGAGCACUUUACACCUUUGAGCAGGACCAAGCAUACAUGCUUCACAUCGGGUCCAAGGUCCUCGUCACGCAAUUCUUACAGAAAAAGGACAACUUCAGUUCACGAAAGUGCCCACUUUGGAUGAUGCAGAGCUCGCUGCUCAACAUGAGUUUUGCGAGCUGGAGCGGCGAUCCCAAGGGUCUGGAGUGGGCGUGCUCCAUCAAAUCUCUCCUCGCAAACAUGGUCGCCGGUAACAGGUAUGAGCUGAAGUUGCGCAGUGAGGGACGAGAGGGCCGCCAGCCAACUCAUGCCGAGUGGAUCGAAGACGAAGGCUGCAGACGUACUUACUUCGCAGUGUACAUCUUCUUUGGCCUGCUCACGUUGACGUACAACCACACACCGGCCAUCAGCUUCAACGAGUUCGAUUCACUAGAUCUCCCAUCAUCGGAAACGCUGUGGAAUCUGGAUCCUUCGGACAACGAGAGCUGGAGUGAGCAUCUCACGGCAUCUACCAUCAUCACGUUCCAAGAAGCGCACGACGCUCUCUUCCAGGGUGAAUCGGCACGCUACAGUGCAUUUGCCACGCGUGUCAUGAUCAAUGCCCUGUUUUUGGAGGUCUGGUACCACAAGCGAUCACCCGAGGCGCUGCAGGAUGUGGUCACCGAGUACAAGCUCCGCUUGGCUCUGGACACUUGGGAGCAGUCUUUGGAUGUCUGUGAGCCAGAGACUGUGGUGGUGCAGCUGAGCGCGCCGCACAAAGGUCACCCACUGAUCUUCAACGCCAUGGCCAUGUACAGGAACACUCGCGCCAGACUGCUGGUGGAUCUCAGGGCCAUUCAAGAAGCCUUGCGUUACCACGACUCCUACGAAGUCGCGGCUGCCAUGACGCAUGCCCGUGACAACGUUAAGCGGAGUCAGGAGAUGCUCAAGGUCAUCCAAAACUGCUUCGACUGCAUCGAAGUCGCUGCACUACAGGGUAUCAGAUGGGUCGCACGAACAUCGGCGACCAAUUGGAGUAUUGAGCAUCCCCUCUGUGGGCUGGACUUGAUUGUCAUUCUCAGUUUGUGGUUAUGGCGUGUCGAGCACGACGAGGAGCCAGCCACUGAUGAGGAGAGAGUCAUGUACCAGAAGCUUCGGAGCCUUUUUGAUGACGAUACUGUCGAUGGCUUUGGGCAGAAGCUAAGCAGUACAGUGGCUCGUCUUUGGGGCAGUAUGAUCGACGAGGUGGUGGUUUGGGGCAUCACCAAGCUCAUGGGCGAGUCUUUUAAGCUCCACGCUCAGGCACUCAUUGGCUAUGAAGAUGCUAUGAUGACUGAGCAAGCCAACGAUGCUGCUGCCGCCGCGGCUGCUGCCGCUAUCGUCCUGGCUCCACAUCCACCUGAAGUUGCGGCCUACUAG